UAUCACUUUUAUACUACACACUUACAACAUUAAUUUACAAUUCCUUAAAUCCUGUGUCGAAAAGAAAUGUAUCGUCUUAGUUGGGACGAACGGAGUAUAAUAUUGAUCAGUUUUAACUGUGAGAGGUAGAGUGACGCCAUCUCUGAAACACUGAAUCUCAUCCAAUACUUCCCCACCUUAACAUUAAUCAUUUUAUAAAUAGCACAACACAUACCUCUCAAACACCACAAACACAAACCCCUCUUAUCAAAAUCACAAAUCAUGAAAAUAACUCCUCCAUCAAUCUCAACUCUCUCAUUAAUCUUCCUCGUUUUAACCUGGUCAACCUCAUGGGCUGAUGAACAAGACGAUUUCCUCGCAUGCCUCUCCCAACAAUGCGACAACUACGCCUCCAUCUCCGCCGUCGUCUACACCCCCGCAAACUCUUCCUACACUUCCAUCCUCGAUUCCUCUAUCCGCAACACGAGAUUCUUAUCCGAAUCCACCCCUAAACCGCAGGUGAUCAUAACCCCGGUCUACGAAACCCAGAUCCCGCCGGUCAUAUCCUGCGCCAAACAAACCGGUCUCGAGAUCAGAACCCGAAGCGGCGGCCACGACAUGGAGGGGCUGUCCUACGUGGCACAAGUCCCGUUCGUGAUCAUUGACUUGGUCAACCUCAGCGAAGUCACCGUCGACGUCGAGAAUAAAACCGCGUGGGUCGGAGCCGGCGCCACCACCGGCGUCGUGUACUACAGGAUCGCGGAGAAAAGUUCGGCUCUCGGAUUCCCGGGGGCCAUCUGCACGACGGUCGGCGUCGGCGGGCACUACGGCGGGGGAGGCUACGGCGCGCUGCUGAGGAAAUACGGCCUCGCCGGAGAUAACGUCGUCGACGCGAGAAUAGUCAACGCCAACGGCACGAUCCUCGACAGGGCAUCCAUGGGCGAGGAUCUGUUCUGGGCGAUCAGGGGCGGCUGCGCCGCCAGCUUCGGCGUGGUCACUGCUUGGAAGAUACAGCUCGUCGAUGUUCCAGAAACAGUCACUGUUUUCUCAAUCGUGAGGACUGUUGAAGAACAGAACGCCACUCAGCUGUGGGAGCGGUGGCAAUACGUGGCGCCGCAAGCCGAGAAAGAUUUGUUCGUCGGAGUCAUCGUGUACAGAGUGAACACGACGGUGUUUGUGAAUUUCUUCUCGGCUUACCAAGGCGGCGCCGACAGUUUAGUUUCAUACAUGCAAGAAAUCUUCCCUGAGCUAGGGCUAGUGAGAGAAGACUGCACAGAGAUGAGCUGGGUCGAAUCCACCUUGUUUAGCAACCAAAUGCCGAUCGAUCCACUAGAUGCUCUGCUCAACCGGACUCAGCCCGGCCUCAGACAGCUCAAAGCCAAGUCGGAUUAUGUCCGAACCGCGCUUCCUUUGGAAGCGAUCGAAGGCAUGGUGAGUAUGCUACGUGAACCAGAAGCGGACGAGACUAUUUACUACAUGGUUCCAUACGGUGGAAGAAUGGAAGAAAUAUCAGAAUCAUUCACACCGUUUCCUCACAGAGCUGGUGCGCUCUACAAACUCGCCGGCUUAACUUACUGGCAAGACUCCGAGGCUGCAGAUGCAGACAGUUACCUAAGCUGGAGCCGCAGGUAUUACGAAUACAUGACUCCUUAUGUCUCGAGCUCGCCCAGGGAAGCGUAUCUCAACUACAGAGAUCUCGACAUCGGAGUGAAUAACGUUGUCGGUGAGACGAGUUACGAGCAAGCCAGUAUUUGGGGGAAGCCUUACUACAAGGAUAAUUUCGAUCGUCUUGUUCAGGUGAAAACCGCCGUGGAUCCGGAGAAUUUCUUCAGGAAUGAACAGAGCAUUCCGCCGGUGGCGACGACCGUCGCGGAUAUUUAAGUAUUGGGGUUUUAGAUAUUUUUGUUGACUAGUUUUGAAUAAGGCUAUUUAAGUAUGGAAAUUUUGGUAUUUUUGUUUAUGUAGUUUUGAAUAAGUAUCCUAACUGAGCAAUUUAUAAUAAUUGUAUUAAAGUUUUGAUGAGGCUCGACCUUUAA